AUGACUCUUCAAGAGAAUAGGGACUCCUACAAGGUCAAAGGUCUCUCCCUGUCCCAGUUUGUGCUGCAGUGUUCCGACUGCCACCAGCUGUGCCUCGAAAAGACGGCCCGCAUCGUGGAAAACCGCAGUCGUGCCCCACGGGGAUGGGAGGCCCUUUUCAACUCCGUCGCUGAAGAGCGGCGGUCUGAGGACUUGGACCUCUGCGAGUCGCGAUGCCGGUACAUGCAGGCCACCUGCCCGUCACAGGAUAAAGUACAGCAGUACGAGCAGGCUCUCGCCGCCGCGUCGCUCAAGCCGAAGAAGAGCACGCCACUAAACACGUCUGUGCUGCAGGAAGCUUCCCGGUGCGAGCACGCGGUCGAGGUCUUCUCGAAUGUCCUGUUUGCCUUGGCGCACAAACCCAGCAAGGUAUCCUUCCCGACCAAGGACCUGAAAACGGGAGGCACCACAGACGCCGAGGCCCACGGUGGAGCGCCGACAGAGGCGCACCGAAAGGUCCUCGAGGGGGCCAAGAGCACGGACACCGAUAUUUCGCGCCGCUGGAGAAAGCUCCGCCAAGAGCGCCUCGACUCAAAGGUGCACGACCUUGCUGCGUCGACCGGCUCUAGCUCGGUGCCUGACACGGCAGCGACUUCGCCUGGGUCGAGUGGCACGACCCCAAAAUGGUGA